AAGUGACAUCUUGCUUACUACUUUGCAUGUGAUCACUGAUUGGCCAAUCAGUGAUCACAUGAUCGGGACCUCGUACAGAGGUCCCGUCCGACGAUCGGUGUUUCACUGUGUCCGGAGGACACAGCGGGCACUGGAUCGCGGUGCUGCGCGCUCCCAGGGAGCGCGCACAAGCAGGGGUGACGGUAUGUUAAAAAUAAAACAUAAAUUGUAAUAUAAAAAAAAUGUAAAAUAAUUUUUUGAGAAAUUAGAAUUUUUGGUUAUAAACUAAUUUGUUUUUUUUUUUUUUACUAAAAAGAUAAGUGAAUAAAU